AACACACUCUGCUUCUUCCUCUGCUGUUCCUUCGCCGGAAUCUCCACCGCCGAUCCAUCAUGAUAGAUUUGUUUACGCAUGACAUAUCUCUGCACUAUGUUUGUUUGGCGAUCGGUGCGCGUUAUUCAUCGCCUUCUGGUCGAUGGUUUUUUUUUCACGGGUAGCUUCCGAUUUUAGGCGGCGAAGAAUUGAGGAAACCUGGCCAAUUUUGGUUUUGAGGCUCUGCACGCUUUCUGGUACAAUCCAAUUACUGGUAGCUUGUUUUGGGACACAAGUCUAAGUUUUAUGUAAUCGAAGGUAUUAUGUCCUUCUGAUUUGGUCUGUGUUAUGGAUCGGUCAUGGCAUUUAAGAUGGCGAAAGAGAGCAGUAAAAGAGUACUCACCUGAUGUGUGUCAAGAGGGUGUGCUGAUCUGAGUAAACCUUAAGAUCAUUGAUAGAGAUAGCAGUAAAAAAGUUCCUUUCCUUCAACUAGGAUCUGGUGGUUAUUCUUCUAGAAGAGAGAUAGUAGAACCAAUUUGAGGCCUUUUUGUUUAAGAACACGUGUAGCACAAGUGCAUGCCCCAAUUCAAUUUCAUUAACACAAGUAGUUGUGGAACAUUCCGGGUAACAUAAAACAAGUACUCCUUUUCAAUUAUAGCAUAAUCUACAUCGAGUUGCUUAUUUGAUAUUUCAUUUUAUAGAAAUUCUAAAAUGUGAGUUCAUGAAACAUUCCAUACCAUAUCUGAUUGUCUUUUUGCUGAACACAUUAAUAUAGUAGAUGAAGUGGAAGAUCCCUCUGGGUGCAUCUUUGCCUUUUAACUGUCCAUCUGUUGUGGCUGACUUAUCUGGAGUUCAUAUGGUGCUUGCAUAUUAUAUCCAUUGCCAAAGGUUGGUGUGGCCUGGGGAAGAAAGAGGGAGGUAAUUUUUAUUGGCUGAAAGAUAAAAGUUAUUUAAAAGACAGUAACAUAAUACAUUCUUAGAAUUGUAUAAUACUGAAAGAAGAUACCUUCUUUUGAAGUUCAUCAUUUUCCUGGUGGAGGAGGUCAACCUUUUUAAGGAGUUCUAGAUUUCCCUGAUGAUUGAGAUUUCCCUGCAACGGCACAAAUUUAAGUUAGUCUACCAAAAUAUUCUCCAAAAGGAAAACCUGGUUGCUAUGUAGAAAAUAUUCUAGGGAAAACCUUGUGGUUUAGUUCUUUGAUUUCAUCAGUCAGAAUUUGGUCCUGCAGUGGAAUGAAAAAAGAAAAAAAAACAACACAAAAUGAGUUUACUUUAACUUUUAUAGCACAACACUCUCAUUUUCAGAAGUUUGCUUGCCUUUUUCGUACGGACACUUUUCAAACUCUUCUCUAGCUGAUUUUCCAGAUUCUUUAGAUCUUUGACACGCAAACCAGAUAGUUCUUCUCCCAUCAGUUUCCUACAUGUAUAUGUUAGUUGGGCUUUUCGUGAGUUGUACAUGUUUUAAUUAAUAGCGUCAAGAAACUGGAAAUGCCAUAUCAUCAUCUCUCCUGAGCUAUAUCAACAUCUGUUGUUAUUACUACUACUUGUCCAUGUUGUCAGGUCUAGUGUUUAAAAUUUAUUAUACUUGAGUUCGACAUGCAUGAUUUUAAGUUGUGAAAUUGAAUUAUUUACUUCACAUUACAUGAAGUUGUUCUUUAAUUUGUUUUUAGAAUCUUACAAUCCUGUACUAUGAUUCAAUUUGAAUUUCCGUUUGUAAGCUGACUAAUCAAUCCUAUGCAAGACUAUAACAAUAUUGAUAUUAGGCCUUAGAAGUUGCUUGCUUCCUUCUUGAAGUUCAAUAGUUUUCACUACCUGUGCUCCUCUUGCAAGUUCUGUAGUUGUUGCCUCAAGCUUGCUGCCUCCGUUUGCCAAAACUACCAUGCAUGAAAUACAAUUUAAAUAAAUAGAAUUUGAUUAC